CCUCCGCCUCGGGGGCGGGACCCUGGCGCGUCAGGGCGGGGCCUGUGGUCCAGCUCCGCUCUGCCACCGCUCCGCCCACGCCUCCUCGCCGGCCUUCGGGUGCGUCACGUGACGGGUUGGCGGCGCUGGCGGUUGCUGUCAGCUGAUUCCCGGGGUUGGUGGCAGCGGCAGUAGCAGCAAUGGACUUUCUCCUGGGGAACCCGUUCAGCUCUCCAGUGGGACAGCGCAUCGAGAAAGCCACAGAUGGCUCCCUGCAGAGCGAGGACUGGGCUCUCAACAUGGAGAUCUGUGACAUCAUCAACGAGACGGAGGAAGGUCCCAAAGAUGCCCUCCGAGCAGUAAAGAAGAGAAUCGUGGGAAAUAAGAACUUCCACGAGGUGAUGCUGGCUCUCACAGUCUUAGAAACCUGUGUCAAGAACUGCGGGCACCGCUUCCACGUGCUGGUGGCCAGCCAGGACUUCGUGGAGAGUGUGCUGGUGAGGACCAUCCUGCCCAAGAACAACCCACCCACCAUCGUGCAUGACAAGGUGCUCAACCUCAUCCAGUCCUGGGCUGACGCGUUCCGCAGCUCGCCCGAUCUGACAGGUGUGGUCACCAUCUAUGAGGACCUGCGGAGGAAAGGCCUGGAGUUCCCCAUGACUGACCUGGACAUGCUGUCGCCUAUCCACACACCCCAGAGGACCGUGUUCAACUCAGAGACACAAUCAGGACAGGAUUCUGUGGGCUCUGACGCCAGCCAGCAAGAGGACUCUGGCCAGCACACUGCCCCUCUGCCCACCCCGCCCAUGCUCUCCGGCGACACACCCAUAGCACCAACGCCGGAGCAGAUUGGGAAGCUGCGCAGUGAGCUGGAGAUGGUGAGUGGGAACGUGAGGGUGAUGUCGGAGAUGCUGACGGAGCUGGUCCCCACCCAGGUCGAGCCUGCAGACCUGGAGCUGCUGCAGGAGCUCAACCGCACGUGCCGAGCCAUGCAGCAGCGGGUCCUGGAGCUCAUCCCUCAGAUCGCCAAUGAGCAGCUGACAGAGGAGCUGCUCAUCGUCAAUGACAAUCUCAACAACGUGUUCCUGCGCCAUGAACGGUUUGAACGGUUCCGAACAGGCCAGACCACCAAGGCCCCAAGUGAGGCUGAGCCGGCAGCUGACCUGAUCGACAUGGGCCCUGAGCCAGCAGCCACCGGCAACCUCUCAUCCCAGCUGGCAGGAAUGAACCUGGGCUCCAGCAGUGUGAGAGCUGGCCUGCAGUCUCUGGAGGCCUCUGGUCGACUGGAAGAUGAGUUUGACAUGUUUGCGCUGACACGGGGCAGCUCACUGGCUGACCAACGGAAAGAGGUAAAAUACGAAGCCCCCCAAGCAACAGACGGCCUGGCUGGAGCCCUGGACGCCCGGCAGCAGAGCACUGGCGCGAUCCCAGUCACCCAGGCCUGCCUCAUGGAGGACAUCGAGCAGUGGCUGUCCACUGACGUGGGGAAUGAUGCGGAAGAGCCUAAGGGGGUCACCAGCGAAGGUAAAUUUGACAAAUUCCUGGAAGAACGGGCCAAAGCCGCGGAUCGAUUGCCCAACCUCUCCAGCCCCUCAGCUGAGGGGCCCCCAGGUCCCCCACCUGGCCCAGCACCCCGGAAGAAGACCCAGGAGAAAGAUGAUGACAUGCUGUUCGCCUUAUGAGUGUGGGGUCUGGCACCCUGCAGCCCAGGUCCCCACUGCUCUCACACCCUUAGGCUGGGACCUCCCUCCCUCCUCUGGUGUCAAGGCUGCUUUGGGGGUGGCUCGUUACCCCCUUUUUCUCCUCUUUGAAGAUGGAGCUGCCUCAGCUGCGGCUGGGGGUGUGGAGGCAGUGGGAUGAACUGGGGACAGGUCUGCACUGCAGUGGGAUCUGGUUGCUCUGCCUCCUUUCCCACCCCAGCUGACCAUGAGACUUUGCUGAGAAGUGGAGGCCCCAGGACAGCCCGGCUGGCUGGCUGACCCAGUGUGACUCUCUUUCACUGAGUGAUACCCUGCUCCGGGCCCAUGCCCCAUGGAGCCCUUCAGAGCCCACACUGCCAGUCAAGGCCUGGCUGGAAGCUGGCUGGCGACAGUGGAAAUUGUGCCGAGCCUGUUGUCCAUUCCCCGCUCUGCUGCGUGGGGCCCCAUGGCUUUGGCUGGCCAUCAACGGCAGGGUGUGGAGGUGUGGAGACCCUCUGAGGAGCUGCGGCGGCCCAGGUACGAAGCUGCAACUCUGCUCGCAGUGGGCCAGAUCUCACCAGCCCCAGGCUGCAGGUGAGGCUUCAGGGGCCGCUGGGGCCCCACUGCCCCUCCACUGCCUUGUCCUCCAUCCUUCCUCUGUUCCUUCUGGCCGGGCACCACAGCACUGGGGCUCACCUCUUGGUUGAUCCUCUUGUACUGGGAGGGGUGCCUUUUGUGUCCCCAAUUAAAGGUAGAAAACCACCCUGCUA